AUGAUGUCGGAUACAAACAUAGUGAGCUAAAUAAACUACUCAAGGAAAGAAAAGGAGAUCAGAAAAUCACCUGAGUACUCCGAACUGUUGGCUUAAUUGUAACCUGGAGGAAAAGUAAUUAAAUAUAAAAGUGAUGAAUUGGAUAUUUGUUUAACAUCUGGUGAGAAAAAAAUUAGAUAAAUCAAAGUGCCAAUAUGUAUAGAAGAUUGUAAUCAUGAGAUUUUUGAUUUAUAUGACAUUUUCUUAAACAAAGGUGAAAUUACUUGCAAAAAAUGCCAUAAGAAGGGCACCAAGAAAAACAUCAAAAAGGAAGAGUAUUAUACUUUCUUAAUCAAAAACAUGAGUGAGAAAUCUUUUAGUUGCUCAAUUGUGGGAUAAUUAUGCUUCCACUCUUUUUCAUAAGAAAUUUAGCCAAUAGCUAGAGAAUUGCUUAAAAAAAAUCAAUACUUAUAAUUAUUUACAGCAGUUGUUUAGAACUCUAGAUCCAAAGCAGAUGCAUUAAAAGAGAACUUACUUAAUUUAAUUGAAUAAAAAUCGAGAGAGCUUAAUUAAAACAACCCCAUACACACUAAUAGAAUUCUGGAAUUUCCAUUUUAGUGUUUAAUAAAUUAUUAAAAAAUUAUCAUACCAGUUUAAUUAAGCGAAUGUAAGCAUUUGGAUUGUUAUGAAUAUACGAACAUACUAAAAUUGAUUGAUGAUGAAAAAAAGUUACCUGAAUAAUUUUAAAGACCAUUUGUAAGAUGUUACUAUUAAGGCUGCGAAACUUUAAUUCCAUUAGAUUUAAAUUAAUUAAAGCAGAAACUUAUAUUUCCUUAUGAUUUUGGUCGUGCAAUUUCAAAAAAUUACCCAUUCUCAUUAAAUUUAAUAUGGGAUUUUUAGAAAAGUGGAUUUGAAUAUUAAAAGAUAAAAAUUUAGGAGUUUCUAAAAAAUAUUGACCUAAGAAGUUGUUUCUCAAAAGAAAAUGGCCUUGAUUAUGUAAUCUUAAGUUAAUUAAAGAAAAUUAUUAAUAAAGAGUUAAGUAGUUAGUUAUAAAAUAAACUACAUUUUUCGAAAUAUAAAGUAAAUUUAGAAUAUAUUUAAUUUCCCAGUAGAUGCAAUUAUUGCGAAUUAUAAAAUGUGAAAGACAUUGAGGACUUUUUAUUAAGCUAUUAUAUACAAGAUAAACAUGAAAAAAAGAACUAUUUUAUUUGUCCAGCUUGUAAUUACAAACAUGAUAAUUUUAAAACAUUGGAAUAAAUUAUUUAUUUUGAUGGCUAUCUAUAUAAUGCAUUAUAAAAAGCCAACAAUCGUUAAUAAUUUGAAUAUAAUAAAAGUGAAGAUAAAUUUACAAAAUUUUUUUAAAGCCAUCAAAUCAUCGAUUUUAAACAGAUAAAAACACUCUAUUAGUAGACUAGAAUAUAUCCAUAUGCUAAAUAAUUUUGUACAUUAUCAAACAAAAAACUUAAGCUACCACUAAUAUUGAUAUAUUGCGAAGCAAAACGCGCAGUUGAAUUAAAAGGCCUUAAAAAAUUUUGGAGAAAAAUAAUUUUAGUUUUAGUGAAUUUCCUAAAUGCGAUUGCCAAUUUUGCAAGGCCAAACCACAACUAUUAAUUACAGACUUUUACUGGGAUCCUGUCUUUUAUCUUAUAUCAUCUCUUAGCUCAGAAACAAGUACAUUUGAACAUUUCAGGAAUUAACUAACUAAUAAUUACUUCGAAAAUACUUAAACUAACGAAAUUCCAAAUAUUCAAAGAAUAUUGUAAAGGCAUAAUGAUAAUAAAUAACGCUAAGAUCAAGAAUAGUAAUAAUAAAGAUAAUAAUAAUAAUAAUAAUAAUUAUAAUAAUUAUAAUAAUUAUAAUAAUAAUAAUAUUAAUAAUAACAACAAUAAUAAUAAUUAUAAUAAUAAUCGCAAUAACUAAUGGAUUAACAAUCAGAAAUAUUUUAAUUAAGAUAGUAAUUAUAAUAAUAGUAAUAUCAACCGUAAGUAAUGA